CCCUCCCCGCCCGCCGCAGCACUGCCCCUUCUCCUGCGGCCCGGACGGCAGGAGCGGGAUGGCGGGGCUGGCCGGGGCGCUGUGCCUGGCCGCCGCCGCCGUCUCCUGCCUUCCCCCGGCGCAGGGCCGGGAGAGCGGCGCGGGCUGGACGCUGCUCAAGUAUUCUCACCAGCCAAGAAUUUUAAAUUCUGACGCUAUUCAAAAAGUUGCAGAAAACACCAAUGUUUCUGAAAUGUGGGAAAAUGAUCUGCGCCCCAUCCUGAUAGAAAGAUACUCAGGAUCACCAGGAAACUAUGCCGUACGGCAGCACAUCAAGCACCGUCUUCAAAGGUUACAGGCUGGUUGGGAAGUUGAAGAAGAUACCUUUCAGAGAUACACGCCGUAUGGAUAUCAAACCUUUUCAAAUAUUAUCAGUACUCUCAACCCCUCUGCAAAACGCCAUCUGGUACUCGCCUGCCACUACGACUCAAAAUUCUUUGCACCGCAAUGGCACGGGAGGGUGUUUGUAGGAGCAACUGAUUCAGCCGUGCCUUGUGCUAUGAUAUUGGAGCUGGCACGGGCCCUGGAUAACAAGCUUCAGGCAAUCAAGACCAGCUCAACAUCAAGACCAGACCUUUCACUUCAGCUUAUUUUUUUUGAUGGUGAAGAAGCUUUUGUCCAGUGGUCCCCUUCCGAUUCCCUCUAUGGGUCUCAGCACUUGGCUCAGAAGAUGGUAUCUACUCCACAUCCACCUGGCUCAACAACCACAAAUCAGCUCCAGGGCAUGGACCUGCUUGUACUACUGGAUUUAAUCGGUGCACCAAACCCAGUCUUUCCCAAUUAUUUUCCAAACACUAUCCGAUGGUUUCAGAGGCUUCAAGCAAUUGAGGAAAAGCUACACGGCAUGAAUCUGUUGAAGAAUCACCUUGUUGAGAGGCAGUACUUCCAGAAUAAUUUACAUCGAGGCUUGGUUGAAGAUGACCACGUUCCAUUUUUAUUAAGAGGGGUUCCAGUCCUCCAUCUGAUUCCGUCUCCUUUUCCUCAAGUAUGGCACACCAUGGAGGACACUGAAGAAAACCUUGACAAAAACACUAUCGACAAUCUCAGCAAAAUCCUGCAAGUGUUUGUACUAGAAUACCUGAACCUGCAGUGAGAUACUGGCAACAAAUCGUGCUCCAUUUUAAAUGCUGUUCACCCACCUUCACUUUUGCCGUUUAAUUACAUCAGAGAACACUAAAGCGAAGGAAAAUACGGUGGUAUUUUCUGCUAGACUGAUUACUGAUUCAGUUGUUCCUGGCUCAAUGUUCCAUAUAAACAAAUAAAAGAUAGCAUUAAAAAAGAACUAGUUUCAGCCUGGAAAGAAUUUGAUCUUUCCAUGUCUUACCUCUGAAUAAACAAAACCCGAAUUUUCCCACAUUGUUAUCACAGUUUUUAUGUCACAUAUUAAGAUCCCUGUAGGAAAUGCCUCCAGACAUGUGUAGCUACUUUAAAAAAAAUGUGCAACCAACUUCUGCCGUCUUCAGCAAGAGAAAUUUAUAACACUUUGUUAAAAGAGGGAAAAAUCACAUUAAAAUAAUACAAUACAAA